GCGUGAUCCGCGUCUGCGCGCGCGCGCAUGUGAGCGCCUGGUGAUCGCCUCGAUGUUCGGUGGCUUCGGAGCACCUGUCAAAAGCGCCGUUGACGGAUCGUCGCUAAUGCUGCACGCGGAAUUGGAAUCGGCCGACGUGAAGGAAACGAGUCUGCCGGUGGUCCGCGGCUAAUCGUGCCGUUCCGGAUCGCAUAUCUCUCGACUCGUCAUCGCGGGAACGCGGGGCACAUUAUACAUACCUCCGUUGUCAGCGGGAACGUCGGUCGCGGGACGACCACUGCGUGCACCUCGGAUUCGCUUGACCGACGGUGACGUUCAAAAGAUCUGCUCCGAAAUUUAUAAAAAAUGAAGACAUGGCUCGGAAUCUAGGGCACUCCAUACAAUGUAUUCCUCUAACACGGAGAAAUUCCUCAUUUCGUUUCAACACGCGAGAAUCCAAUUCUCCAAAUCCAUCAGUCUGCAAAUAGACUUGUAACUCCGUGAGGAGAUAAAGAGAAAUUGCUCCAAGUUAAAUUCCCUUUCUCCGUUCAUUCAUUGGGACGGUACUCGCAGACGGGACUCGGAAUGAAUUACAACUCGCGCAAGAGUGAUAUCGACUCGGCCUACAGCUGUACAGCGUUAUGUGCGGGAUCCUAAUUCGCAUUAAUCAUGGCACAGAACAGUCCAGCUCCGAAACCCGCGGAGCAAUUCAAACUUGUACCAAAAAUCAUAAAUGGUGGCAUUGCCGGAAUUAUUGGAGUGUCCGUGGUGUUUCCGCUCGAUUUGGUUAAAACAAGAUUACAGAAUCAAGUUAUCGGUCCAAGUGGCGAACGCAUGUACAAGUCAAUGUUUGACUGCUUUAAAAAGACUUACAAAGCAGAGGGUUAUUUUGGAAUGUAUAAGGGAUCCGCUGUAAAUAUAUUAUUGAUCACACCUGAGAAAGCAAUCAAACUUACUGCCAAUGAUACAUUUAGACACUAUCUUUCCCUCGGGCCCGGACAACAAUUGCCAAUAGAACGUGAAAUGCUCGCCGGCGGCUUGGCGGGAGCAUGCCAAAUAAUCGUUACCACUCCGAUGGAACUGCUUAAAAUACAAAUGCAAGACGCUGGCAGAGUCGCCAUGGCAGCUAAGGAAGCGGGUAAAGCAGUGCCAAAGAUAUCCGCUUGGGCGUUGACGGUGGAUCUACUUAGGAAGCGAGGUAUACUGGGGCUGUACCAAGGAACCGGCGCCACGGCGCUCAGAGAUGUUACGUUUUCCGUUAUUUACUUCCCGCUGUUCGCUAGACUGAAUGAUCUCGGGCCGAAACGAGAGGACGGUUCAUCUGUAUUCUGGUGUUCAUUCCUUGCCGGAUGCGCCGCCGGCUCGACGGCCGCAUUAAUGGUAAAUCCAUUCGACGUAAUCAAAACUAGAUUGCAAGUUAUCAAAAAAGCACCUGGUGAUCCAACGUACCACGGAGUAUUAGACUGUAUACUGAAGACAUUUACGAAUGAGGGACCGAGGGCGUUCUUCAAAGGCGGUGCCUGCCGGAUGAUAGUCAUAGCGCCGUUAUUCGGCAUUGCGCAAACCGUUUAUUAUCUCGGCGUAGCUGAGUGGCUGCUGGGAUUGAAGUGAAAUCGCCAUAUCGCCGAUUCGUGCCGUUCAAAUGCUCUGGGAAAUUGACAAUAAUCGUUGUAUCGUAGAUCGUAGUUGUAUUUUUGCUUGAGACUUUUGCUCUCCGUCAUUACAAUGAGAAGAGUUGCUGUUAAACGGGAUCUCGCCGAUCGCUUAUACGCAAAAAAAAGUAUGUUAAUUGAACUUGCCGUAUAAUAAUUCUCGCAGGUCAUGAAUUAUAAUUACAUACGGAUUCGUAUGGAAAUGCAUGGAAAUAUAUCUCUAUCUUUUAUGUCCAUAUCCGCAAAGUGCAUUAAAAAUUAUUAAUAAUCAAAUGCAACGGAAUCAAUGUACGUCUAACAUAUUGUGUUCUUGCAACGUAAAAUUAUAUCGUUGCGUUGAUGGAUACAUUGAGACAUCGAAUCAUUAGGAAAGUGUCUGGAAUUACAAAUAAUUCGCAGCUAUAUCAAUUGCGCGUUAUUCAAUAUUUAGACCAUUCAUCUUUCCAUAAUAAUAGCGCUUCUUUUUCAUCUCUUCCUCGUAUUUCAUAAACUCUGUAAAUUAUAUGCGAGAUCCUGUGCCCACGAAUUAUGCUCGUUAAUAGACCUAUACGUGUAUCGGGAUCUUCGUUGUUAUAACUACCAAACUAGCCAAUUAUAGUCAAUUAUACAUGUACAUUAAAGACAUUAAGCAGAUUCAACGUGAUAUUUUUUUAAAACGGUUUUCGUUAGGCAUAAUAUAAUAUUUUGGCAUAAUAGAAUAUUUUGUUAAAGCUGAUUCUUUAUAUAUCUAAUUUUCUUAAUUUUUAUCUUGUGUCUCAAGAAUAAGCAAUCUUUAUGACUAUAUGUAAUAUAAAUGGAAAUAUUAUAAAAUCUUUAAAUCAAA